AUGGCUGGUAAAAGAACUUUAGAGGGAGAGGAAUCUAAUGAGUUCACUUGGAAGAAACUGAAAGGUAAUGCAAAUCCUGGCAUAUAUCCGGUUAGAGAGAGGUUUGAUGAACAGUAUGACAAUUUUAUGGUGCAACGACGGAAUGCCAACUACAUGAACAUUAACAUGGCUGCAGCAGAUGCAGAAUAUCUGAGGCAUCCAGUUAACUAUGCACUAAAUAAGCAAUUUCAUUUAAUGUCAGAUAGUAUGUCCUCCAACAAUGGAAGCAAUGGCUUCAUGUAUCCCUUUGAUCGUCCAAAUUUUUCUGAAAAUAAUGCUCCAAAUGGAAUGGAUGUCAAAAGUUAUCCUAACUUUUUUGCAAUGCAAAGACCACAGUUUAAUCCUCAGCAUCAAUACUUAAAUUUUCACAACUCUCAGGCCGAGCAACCAAUAAAUCGGUUGCCAAUGGAAUUUUUAAAUAAUCAUGCAAACAUGUAUAGGCAACACAUGCCAUUCAGAACAGAAUUAAUCAAACCAGAUAGCGUGCCAAUGUUUAUGAACCUGGUUAACAGCAACAAUUCAGUUAAUGUUUCUCAAGAAAUGAUUUCUCCUUAUCAAAAAGUGAAUGGUUACAGAUCUCCUAAUUGCAAACCAUUUACAAACCCAUUUUUACAUUUUAAACCCACUUUUAAUGAACCGUAUCCUAGACCUAUGAAUGGAUUUACAAAUGAAUUUGACAGUUUUUCGACUAAUUUUUCAGCAAUGAGUAAAUCGAAUCCAGAUUAUCAAAAUUUUAAUAGAUCAUUCAUUGAUAGUAGUGUGGCUGAAAACAAGACAUCAAAUUCAAAUUGUGACAUAAUACAGCCAUCUGAAUUGGAAAAGAAAGUGAAUAAAAAUAUAAAGCAAUGCAAAAAAGAUAAACACAUUGAGAAUUCACCAGCUUGUGAUAAUGGUUGGCUGGUUUCAUCUUCAUAUACUGUUGCAUCAUCACAUUCAGCAUUAUCUCUGGUAUCAUCACCUAUCUUAAAACCAUCUUCAAUGCUCAACUCAAUGCCCACAUCUGCCCUAUCAUCAAAAUCUCAUUGGAACCCUGGUUUGCCGGCCAGAAAUGAAAAGCUGGUUAAUGAGUUAGAUUUAAAAGAUAAAAGUGCAAUGAAAAAUAAUUGUGAAGUAAAUGAAAAUCAUUCAGGGAGUAAACAUUUAAAAACAAAUUUUAAAAAUGAUGUAGAAUUGAAUGAGAAACAUCAUCUAAUGCAGCAUCAAUCAUUGAAGUCACCUGAAUUGCAUGAUAAUAAAUUUGAGGAAUAUAUUCAGCCAGAUCAUCACUCUUCAAUGUUAUUUCAACAACAGGCUUACUUCUCUAGAAAUCAAGAGCUACCACAAGAUAUUGUUGCAAAGCAGUCAAUGCCAGCAUUUUCAUCAGAUUUUCAGCCACAUUUGCAACCAACUGCAUUGAAACAGCAUAUGCAACAAAGUUUGUUUGAAAAACAAAAACAUUUGCUACAUAUGCCUUCCGAGCAGCAUUUGCAACAACCAUCAUUUUCACAACACUCACAACAAUUGUUGCAACAUCCUACAAAACAGGUAACUUCAAAACAACCUGUGCAACAAACUUCACCACAAAACCAUUCUCAAAAAGUAUUUAAUCAAUAUUCCAAUUGUUCACCUCAAAAUCAUUGUGAAACGUUAUCACAUCAACUGAAAAAUCACCAAAAUUUGCAACAUAAGCAACAUCACCAUAACCAGCAACAACAUUCAGUUAAUUCAAACAAUGUUGAUAGGCAACUUUCACCAAAAGAGAACUUGCAGCAACGAAUUCACCAACCAUAUUUACCUGAACAGUGCUCAACAAAACUGAAUCAAUCUCUGCACCAUGAAGCACAAAGGCCUUGCAACACACCCAGUCAGAUUGAUCAAGCCACUCUAACCCACCCUCAACGAACUGCAACGGUUAACCAUCACUUAUCACCAAAGUUGCAUCAUCAUAAGCAUCCUCCAGAGCUUGUUUCAUCAGGAAGGAGUAAUAAUUCACUGAUGCACAAGAAUGCACCACAACCAGUCAUGGGUCACCAUCAUGACCCAUCGCAGCAUCUACCUCGAGCACCUCAACAGUUUCAACCUCCGCAGCACUUUUCUCCUCGGUAUAAAUCUGUGCAACAACUUAAUAAUCCACAUUUUCAACCACAUCAUUCUUUGUUACAAUAUCAAGAACAGCACAGAAAUACAUCAGAAAUACAUCUGCGAUCGCCACAACGACAACAACAUUUUUCUCAAUCUGUACCUUACCAGCAUAAUUUAACACAGGGAGUGCAGAGAGUUCAUUUCCCAGAUGACAACACACGAGAUCCAAUGAGGAUGAUUGAAAAAUUAUCAAACAGGCAUUUCAACACUUAUGAAUCUCAGUUCAUAUUUGGCAAUGAUAAAAUCAAUCUACAUGGGUGCAGUGAGCAUGAAAAUAAUUUCACAUCAAAUCGAGCCAGUGCAUUACAACAUAACAGCUUCGGUACACAUGCUAUGAGUCGGAUGAAAAAUAUCCAACUCCAAUUUUGGCCCCUCAAAAAAUCCGACUCCAACUCCGGUCCCCCAAAAAAAUCAGACUCCUACCUCUUAAAAAUUCUGACUCCAACUCUGACACUCGAACCAAAAAGAAAUAAGAAAGACAGUGAGAGGGAACAGUAUGAAAUGUGGCUGAAUGAAAGGAAGAAACUAUUAAUUGAAAGAAUAAAUGAAUUGGAGCGAGUGAAAGAGCAGGGCAUGAAUGAAAGUCAAAACCAACGGGCAGUGUAUAACAAAAGCAACAGCAGCCAGGAGCCCAACAACCAGCAAGUUGAACAUCAACAGCGUUUCACAGCUGAUGAUUUCAAUGAGGACAUCAAACAUUUAAACUCUGCAAUUGAGCAAAUGAAAAAAGACUUGCAUGAACAUGAAAUGAUUAUGAAGAUGUUUUUUACCUCAAAUGUUGGUGAAUUUGUCUAA